GUCCGCAUCCAACGCAGCGCGAUACAAAGGGUGCUUUUAUCUUCAGAAAAGUAUCGUUUUUUAUCUACAUUUUCAAUCCGCCUGCUUCCCUUCAAGCCGUUCCGUUCGGUUCCUACUACAUACUUUUUACCAUGAAGACCUCAACGUUGGCCGUCGCCUCUGCCGGCACCAUCAUCACCGGCCUUUUGGCCUACGCCGUGUAUUUUGACCACAAGAGACAGACCGACCCCGAAUUCCGAAAAGCAUUGAAGCGCAACAACCGACGACUGGCACGCGCUGUCAAGGAGGAGGCCGAAGCUCAAGGAGCCCAGCAACGCGAGAACAUCAAGAAGGCUCUGCAGCAGGCGAAGGAAGAGGGAUUCCCCACGGAUCUCGAGGAGAAGGAGGCGUACUUCAUGGGUCAAGUCGCCAAGGGCGAGGGCCUCUGCUCUGACGGCGCAAACAAAAUUGAUGCCGCGUUGGCCUUCUACAAGGCACUCAAGGUCUAUCCUCAGCCCAAGGAUUUGAUCUCCAUAUAUGACAAGACCGUCCCCAAGGAGGUGCUCGAGAUUCUGGCCGAAAUGGUCGCCAUGGAUCCGGCCCUGAAGCUCGGCACUUUCACCGGCGAAAGUGGCGGUGCUGACCACCACGGUGUCGAAUAGACUCCACGCGUUUGCCCUUGUCCGCCCACAUUUACUCGGCAGAAAAAUCUUGGCCCGCCGACGCCUUCCUCAGUAUAUUGUGUUUUUUGACUCACGCUGGGCCGUUUAAUGGUCAUUUCUUUCAAUCAUGGCCUCUCUGACGUUAUAAUCAUGCCGUAUUUCUGGGUAUGGACGACCUCUCCACUUAUGUAUGUUUCGUUCUCGCUCCUCUGUAUAGCUGCAUCGCCCUGCCUCCGACGUGGCGAACCGCUUGGUAUUUUCUCGGCGCCAUGACUUUGUCUCGUCCAAUUUCUUUACCCCUUUCUUUGUCGGUUUCGUCCAUCUUCGAUGGUUUGUGGGUUACUGGAACUGGCAGUCUGUGUUAUUUCAAUUUUUCCCGGAUGCCCUGUGAGGGAGCCGGGCUGUAUUCUAGAGACUUUGUAGUUGCAGGGAGAAAAUCGCAUGAUAGAUUAUGUUUAUUUGU